AGAUAGAUGUUCUAUAAAUCGGUCAUGUUUAUUUUCCCCUGAAACCAUGAUAUGUCCCAACUGUUUCUGUUUUUUUGUUGUUUUUUUUACAGAUUUGACUGCUCCAUGUGCAACUAUAAGAUAUGCUGGAAUACUAUAAUGUGCCCCUACUUUCCAGCUGAGAGUCAGCCUGCCUGUGAAAUAGCAAGUUAGGAAAGCAAAUUUAUAUAACUCAAGGGUUUCAAUUUACUCUAUUCCAGCUUGGUAUUCAUGCUUAUGGGAACACACUAAUAUGCCCAUAAUUCCUGGGAUAUUCUGAAUUCACAGGAAUGUUGCUAGGCAAUGUCAGAUACUCAACAAUGAAUGCAAAAUAUUGAAGACAAGUCAGUAGUAGUAGACCAAAAAUUAGAGGCUCUCCAAGAUGAAAAUCAGAGAUUGGUGCAAUCUAAUGUGGAGCUGGAAGAAAGUAUUGCAAUGAUGGAGUUUGAACGCGCAUCAUAUUUUCUAAGAUUCCAAAAUGUAAUAGAAGAGAGUGAUGAGAACUUGUUACUAUUGAUGACUGAGUUAUUGGUGGACUUGCUUGGAAUGGAAAGGGAUCAAAUCAAAAGAGAAGUUGAUCAAGUCUAUAGAGUGAAUUCAAAUUAUGCAAGAAGAAAUAGAGUGCCUAGGGAAGUUCAUGUUAGAUUCAGCAAAAGAGCAGUAUGGGAUGAGAUCCUGAGACUAGUGAGGGACCAGCCUCUGAAAUACAAAGAUAAAGACUUGGUAGUUCUCAAACAGAUCCCAAGAAGAAUUAGAAAAGCUCGAAGAGAAUACCAAUUCUUAAUGAAGAAAUUGAUCAGUAAAGGAGUGAACUUCAGAUGGUUGAUCCCAGAAGGACUAUUAAUUUUUUGGGACACAAAAAGAUAUAGAUUGAACACCCCACAACAAGCAGAGGACUUUUUUUAUAAUCAUAGAGAUUUCUUGGAGAGAGGUGAGGUGGAACCUAAGAAACCAGAGGAAACGACUGCAGGAACAUCGAAACAAACGGAGGAAGAAGCACCUAAAAAGAUUCAACCAGAGGAGAUGUGAGGCCUAAAGAUCAGAGGCAGAUAAGCUCUCCUAGAAAAUUGAGAUCUCGACACAACUGAAACUAUGGAGGAAAUUGGAAUUCCUUCAAUAAAUAUAUAUGGUCUUAACUCCCCAUCAAAAAGGAGUAAAAUAUUUCAUAGACUACAAAAGCUAAAAAUGGAUAUAAUUUGUCUCCAGGAGACACACAUUAAGUCACAACAUUCUAGAAUACUUGAACAAUCAAAACUUGGUAAACUUUAUUUUUCCU